AACGUCAAAAGUGGCGCUCAAAAUCAAGCCAUCGCCAAACAAUCUGCAUCUUCGCUCGUGCCGGCAAUUGAAUUUCAAGUUUUUUCCUGUAAAUUUGCCGUAAAUUUCAGUUCUUUAACUAUUAUCGCACUUUAUUACUCUCGCUAAAACACACCACAAUGGAGUUCGAACCCCGGUCAAUCGUAAACGGUUCCUUGCUCAAGCGCCACUCGGGCCAAUCGGUGAGCAUCCAUCUCUUUGUGGAGAAAGGCGACAAAGACGGGCGAAGUUUCGUGGGGAAAUCUACUGACGGAAUGCCGAUUCAGGUGAUGCUGAGCGCCCCCCUGAGUCAGAUCCUUCACGGGUGGGUCGAAGUGAUCGGAAUGGCCGGCUCCAACGAUAGCGUUCGAUGCAAAGAGAUCAUUACCUAUACGGGAAGCGAAGACGGGGAGGAAUUCGAUACCGAUGGACACAACAUGCUUUGUAACUUCCUGGCAAACUGUCGCGACAUGUACCGAAUGGGAUAAGCUUGAUAACAAAAAAGUUCCGUAAGGUAUUUAAUCCAUUUAUUACUCGUACAAAUAUAUGUUACUUUAAUUAUAUUUCUUAUGAAACUA